UGGAUAUUACAUACCCUCCACAGCGGCACGAUUUUGCUCUGGCUUGGCUGAAGUUUUCCCACAGAUAAGAGGGAAAGGGGUGGGGAAGAAAGAUUGCCCUGAGGACACCUCUCGCUUUCAGGACAUGGAGAAUAGGCCAGCAGAGACCAAGUCAGAGGUGGACACGUCGGCGUCACCCUCAGUGGCUCAGCUAGCCGGGAAAUUCAAAGAGCAAGCAGCCAAUAUCACUGGAAAAGAGGUACCACCACAUAAGCCAACUCGGAGGAAACCACCAUGUUCCCUUCCAUUGUAUUCCCACAAAACUGAGACAAGUGACAAUGGUGAGCAAAAGCGGUCUCCAAAUGCUUGCCCCAUUCCCAAGGUCAAGGUGAAAAGCUCUCCAAUGAUCGAAAAGCUGCAGGCCAAUCUGGCUUUUGCUCCAGCUGCUCUACUGCCGGGAGCAUCUCCCAAAAGCCCUGGUCUGAAAGCCCUUGUUUCUCCGUUCACCACCCCUCCCUCAACACCCAGCAGCCCAGGGAUUCAGUCCCAGACCAGCGACGUGAAUGAGAUGCCCGUCAGCUUUGAUCAACCCCCGGAAGGCACUCAGCUGCAAUUCUAUAAUAAGGUGCGGACACGGGGAUCGAUAAAGCGCAGGCCUCCCUCCAGGAAGUUCCGAAGAUCUCUGUCUGACUACGGAGAUGGGGAAGAUUUAGGGGUCACCAUCUCCUCUCCAGAAAAUGGUGCCAAGGAAGACGGGGAUGAGGUGUUUGGGCCGAAGGCCAAGACAGAGGAGGCAGAAACAGGGAGCAAAGUGCAAAAGAAACAGACAGGGUCUGAUGAGAAGCCCCCAUCAAGGAGAGGAUCCAGCAGAUCAGAAGAUGAAGAAAAAGGGGAAAAACAGGCAGAGGAAAUGACUCCCUGCAAGAAUAACGCAGGGGACACAAAAGAGGAAGAAGCAUGUAGUCGUGCCCCAAGGGAGGAGGACUCUCCCCAGCCUCCCUCUGGAAACAAGGAGGAGGUGUGCAAGGUUCCCCAGGGAGAAGAGCAGCAAGGCAGUGCCUGUGGACAGGAAAAGGGGGACAAGAAGAAGGAAGAAGCUGAAGCUGAAGCUGAAGCAAAGGAGACCAGUGAGAGCACAGAUGCACGGAGAACGUCAAACACUGAAGAAACACCACUGGCACCUGAACCGCUGCAGGACACAGUGGGCUUAGAGACUGCCAGUGAGCCUUCAACGUCAGCCACGCAGGACCAGGGUGCAGCGUAACCAUGACACAUAGGUAAGACAGGUCAGCAUGAUGAUGGCUCCUAAAAUACCAGAGGGUGUUGCUUAUUAAUGAAAAUGGCAACUAUGACAGAACACACAAACGUUUUUUGCUGCUCCCACACCUCAGAAAUAUCAAACCUUAGGCCUGCAGAGGCUGCAAGGCAGGGUAUUUAAAACAACCAGCCCUCCUGGGUGGUGUUACCGAGAGAGAGGAUGGAGAAGAAGCAAAGCCAAUUCUGGAUUCAGUAAAACGGAGGGGCUCUGCUCACCAGGCACUCUGCUCAGUUGCUGUCUGGAAAGCAAUUUGAAAGUGCUUACAGUAAAAAGCACUUUUCCCCAGCAGUAACCAUGUGUAUACUAUCUCAAUAUGCCUCCAUACAUAUAAAUACGCACAUGUAAAUACACAUGUGUACCUAUAUAUUCUCUCUCUUUCUGUGUUUAGCUUGUUAGCUUUGCCAGCAAAACCAGUGUUUGCACACCUGCCAGUUUCAUGAUCAGCCCUGGAAGCACACAAACACAGGCCUCUGACACUUGAAAUAAAUGAGGAUUUCCACUGGUGAAAGCAGGGCUUUUUGCAUGUAGCGUCUUACGUAUUCUCUAACCACUGAUAACGAGGCCACAGAUGCCUGAGGAAAUACCUCAUUCUACCUCAACCACCUGUUCCCUCUUCAAAUGCCUCCUCGGUUUGGCAAGGAGCAACUGAAGGAAGCGGGCUGGUGAUCAGGCUUCAGCUCGCCUUUGCCUCCUAGCAUGGAAACUACCAAAGUACCCCCAGGUCACAGACUCCCCAGCACUGCAUUUACUUAGACCCAUGAUUGUUUUUCAUAAUUUUCAUACUUUUCCCCUUUCAAAAGGACAUACCCAAUCAGGGCACAGGAGACUUCACAUGUGAAUAUGAGCCAUCUAACCUAAUCAAGGUGGAAGCUACUGGAAAACCUUCAGUGGCAGGAGAGGAGCAGAAUAUGAAUAUCGCCCGAGGUCCAGACUCAUCCCAGAGCUGAGUGGCUAGUCACUGGCUCUCUGCUUUGCACCACCAUAUUUUGGGACAGUUGGAACAAGACUCUGGCUUGCAAUCACUUCGGAGUUCAAAACUGAGGUGUUGGCUGACGUUCCUUGGUGAUAUUCGGGGACUGAGAGACCUGAUACGUGCUGUCCUGGAGACGACAGCCACCACCACUCCUGGUCCUUCUGCUCCUUCAUCCUGCUCCAAAGUGUCUUUUUCUUCUCCCCUGCAUUGGUCUUAGAUGAAGUUCAUCAGUUACAUACAUACAUGUAUGAUGUCUUUCUGGUAGCGUCUUUCAAAAUAUUUUGGGUUUUCAAAUUUCAGCAAAUAAUGUUUUAACAGUAGGAAAAAGUAUGUUUUCUCCAUAUAUGCUGUAUGGCAGACAAUGUGAACCCUGAACAUGGGGAAAACUCUUAGGACAUUGUUCAUAAAGCAUAAAAUCCCUUUGAAGUGGAGGUCGAGCUGGCUGAUCGGUGAAACACCAGCCAUGGUAGGCAAUUAUUCUGUGUGCUUCCACUUUGGGGUGCUUUUAGUGCUGGUGGAAAAUAACAACAAACAGAUUUUAUCCACAGAAGAGAUGUGCUACGUAGGUCAACAGGGCAAGUUUUCUUAUCCGGCUUUGGGCUCCAGUCCAGAUUUAGAAGGGUCACCUGUCCGUCAGUCUUUCUUACUUCCAGACCCUAUCCAAUCCUUUCAUUCUCUUUUGAAACUUUCAGUGUGUGGUCACCGAGAGACACUCGUGAUAGAAAGCAUCCUGGCUUACUGGAAACAGCUGAUUAUUUUUAUGUAGGCCAAAGAAGAGGUCUUAGAUGGCUGAGUUUCCAGUUAUAUGGCCUGACUGAAUACGAAUUCAUGAAGGUCAGGUAGCCAGGCCAUUCUGAGUACUUAGGCAUUGUAUUAGAUUUGCAUUUGUUCUCAGAGUACCAGUUAGGUCACGGGUCUAGCAGUUGCUAAGCCAAAAAAAAGCUUUUACACCUGGAGAGUAUUUGUUGCCCAUAAGAAAUAAGUUAUUUGGGGAAAGACAGAUAACAGACCCUCACCUGACCAGUUUCCGGACAGCAGUGCUUGAAGCUGUGUCUGCAAUACUGAAUGAAAAGCUGCUCUGGCUCAAGGCCAUGGGGCUCAUGCCCACAGUGUGCUGUGGAGCUGUGGACAAGUCUGGGCUCGCUGGAGACAGUGAGACAGACUUGUCAAAAGCUGAGCCAAGGAGGCAGCUAGCUGUUAGGCAGUGUGAGCUGUCAGGGGCCAGUGCUUGAAUCAGCCACCAGCCACCUAGUACCCAGCAACACAGACGCAGCUACAGAGACUAAGGACAGAACCAGCCAGCUUUUCUUCAUCCAUCACAAAGAUCCUCCAAAAAACAUUAGGCUGGGCUCUGCAACACAGCAGUGUUACACACCCAAUGGUUUUCAGAUAUCCCCUUUCUGUUCACCAGCUCUAAAAUCACAAGGAAAGAAGUGGCUCUGUGCCCUGCUUUUCCUUUUCCCAGGUGAGAGCACUGAGGUGUCAUUUGCUGAGAUCCAGCAGCAUCGACCCUCCCCCGUGUAGCACGGGCUUGUCAGCAACCAUGACCCCCACAUUCUUUUGAGCCAUGUUGUGGAGUAUUAUUGCAUUUAAAGCCAUUAAAUCUGUUUGUUAGAGCUUGUAUUCCAGGGCAGGCUGCAAUCAUUUGCUGUACCCUGUUUCUUCUCUCAUCAGUGUGUCCCAUCUGGAUGUGAAUGAUUGUGCCUUACUGUAUAUAUAGAUAUAUGUGUGCCUGUUUAGAGAAUGAGUAUGUGUGUCCCGAGCAAGGGACUGGAAAUCCGAGGGAGAAACAGAAGAAAUAAAUGGUGGAAUAAAACCAAACCAAACCAAAA